AUGAGUAAUGGGAGAGAAGCAUCAACUCAAUCUCUCAACAAAAACACUUGUCUUUUCAAAAUCAAAAUUUUGAUUGUAGAUGAUGACUCUACAUCUCUUGCUAUUGUCUCUUCCAUGCUUAAAUCAUGCAGUCUCCAAGUUGUUAGUAUUAAGGAUUCAUUAGACGCUUUAGCAACUCUUCGAAGUGCAAAUGGAGAAUUUGACUUGCUCAUCACUGAUCUUCAUAUGCCUGGAAUGAAUGGAUUGGAACUACAAAAGCAUGUCAAACAAGAAUUCAACAUUCCUGUUAUUAUAAUGUCAGCUGAUGACAAAGAAAGUGCAAUUUUGAAGAGUAUAGAGAGUGGAGCUGCUUUCUAUAUAGUGAAACCAGUGAAUCAAGAUGAUCUAAGAAACAUUUGGCAGUAUGCAAUGGCUUCCAAGAAAGGCAAAGAGGUUGUUGUUUGUGAAAAUGCCCAAGAGGAAACUUCAUCGAAUGAGAAACUUAUUGUUUGUGAGGAAGCUGCUUCUUCUUCAUCGGCGAACGAAGAGGGUAGCCAGAAAAAGAGAAGGGGGAGGAAAAGGGAAAGAGAGGAGGAACAGCAGGAAGAAGAUGGUCCUGCUCCUGCCAAAAAGGCCAAGGUGGUUUGGACAAAUACAUUGCAUAAUCGAUUCUUGCAGGCUGUAAGCCAUAUAGGCUUGGAAAAGGCUGUUCCAAAGAAAAUUCUUGAAUUCAUGAACGUGCCAGGGCUAACCAGGGAAAAUGUUGCUAGCCAUUUACAGAAAUACAGGAUGUUCCUGAAGAAGGUUGCAGAGAAGGGUUUUUCGACAUCACGUAAUUUGUCGGAAAAGGUCCUUAGGUCGUCUUUUGCCUAUGGCCACGCCACCUCGAUGCUCCAAAAUUCCCGACAGGAACAUUCAUCGAUUCUUAGACAACAGCCUUUCACGAGAUCAUCAUUUCAACCUGGUUAUGGAGCGAGUGUCCAUGGUAUUGGUAGCUCCAGCUUUGGCCUUUCUCGCUUUCAUAACGAGGAAGCUUCAAGUAGCAACUCUGUAACUCAAAUCUGCUAUGGACAGUCCAGUUUAUUUUGCAAUCAAGCUAGUACCAGGCAACCAAUGUUUGGCAGCCCAUAUCCUCUUCAUCAGGCUAAUCUCUCGACGUUUAACAAUAUUGGAAUUAAUCUGUCCUCAAAUACAGCUACUUCAUAUGGUCUCACUAGCGCUACAAAUCCAAUGCAAAUGAACCCGCAACAAAAUCAAUCAAAUCUUCAGAACCAUGCUAGCCCUUCUAAAUUUGGCUUAUUUAGAUUUGGCUGCUCCAGCUAUUCUUCAGGUACUUGCAGUAUGGGAACAAUUAAUGGUUCCUAUCCUCGUCUAAAUCAGAACAGUACUUAUGCUGGAAUCCGAUUGACUAGCGAUGGCGAGCUCAUUGGAAAUGGACAAAAGCGAUUCAACGGGAAUGAGUUAUUAAGUGGCUGUAAUAAUAGUGGUAAUGGAUUGGUCAACUGGACUCGGAAUAACAAUGGGAACAAUGCACCGCCGAGGAAUGGGGAAUUUGGUUUUUCGGAUGGUCAAGUGACCUGCUUUUCUUCUACUGGGUUUGGGAGUGAAAGCCAAUGUUCACCAACAUUAUCUCCGGCUAAUCCAGAGAACACUUCAGUGGUAACACCACUUUCUCAGCAAAAUUUCAUUACUGGUCUUGGGAAUGCUCUCGGAGAAAAUGACAUUAAUGCUCUCAAUAACCUGAUGAAUAAUGCCUCUAACUUGGGUAGCAUUUCUGAUAAUAAUCAGCAUGAGGUUGGGGAAGGUGGUCUCGGAGAACUCCUUUUUGGGACAAGCUGUACAAAUCCUUGCCAGGAAGAACGAAACGCGGAAGAGUUCUUGAAUGUUAACCUACUUAGCAGCCAGUAUCAUGCUGAAGUGUGCUAUCCUGUGAAUGAGCUCUUAAAUAAGGAAUUUUCUAGCGCAUGUACUAUUGCAGACACAACUUCUUGGACUGAACAACAAUCUUCUGUCCAGCCUCAACGCAUGGAAGAAACAGUGAAUCCCAACAAUGUCGGCAAUGUUAAUCCAGCAGAUGUCUAUUAUCCAGUCUUUGAGCAGCCACAGAGCAAUAACGUGAAGGCUGUGAAUAAUUCUGAGCUGAAUGGCGUGCAUCUCGAUGAAGCACCAAUAUCAGGAAACGAGGGAUGGGGGGAGGAUUUCUUGAACUUCCUGCUUGGAAAUGACCCCUACUGGUGA